AUGAGUCCUUCUCUAGCCGUCUACUUGGUGGCAGCUAGGAAUCUUCUGACAGAAUUCAGAGAAGCCACUUGGGAACAUAUCCCAAGGGAAGAAAAUUUUGCAGCCAAUGAAUUUGCUCAGGUGGCAACAGGCAUACAAAUGCCCGAAGAUUGUGUACAAAGAAUCAUCAGGAUAGGAAAGAAAAGCCUACCAUCUGUUUUGACCAGGGGGAUGGAAAUAGAUGUCAAUUCUGCCACAAUCACUGAAGAUGAUUGGAGAAAUCCUAUCAUGACUUACUUACGAUAUCCAACUCUGCCCUCUGAAAAGAGAAUCAGAAUCAUGGCUUUAAACUACCUUAUGUGGAAUGAAGAUUUGGUCCGAAAAAGUAAGGAUGAGGUGCUUUUAAGGUGCCUCGGAAAGAAAGAAUACAUGAAAGUCAUGGGGGAAACCCAUGAAGGAAUCUGUGGAGCACAUCAAGGUGGGAGAAAAAUGUGCUGGUUAAUUAGAAGAUAUGGCUACUUCUGGCCAACCAUGAUGAAAGAUUGCAUUAACUAUUCCAAGGGAUGUGAAUCUUGUCAAAGACACGACCCGAUCCAGCAGGCUCCAUCAGUUCCCAUGAAUCCAGUGGUAAAGCCAUGA